UCAUUUGGGUGGAAUGGUAUGGGACAACUGUCGAUAACUUGAUACGAGGAACACAUCGAAAUCUCUCUCUCUCCCUCUCGAAAUAGAGGAUCAGGUCAAAACCCUCAGGUUGUUCGGUUCUAGGUUCUGAGACGAUAGAUUCGAUCUCUCGAUUCGCGAUUCAACCGGAUCUCUGCCGAUUUUUCGUGCGAAGCAGAAUUUGAUCCACAGCCAUGUGUUCCGAUCCUGACAAGAUGAUGUCCAAAGGCGAUAAAUUGACAAAACUCACCCUUACUAGAUGGAGCGCUGAUUGGAAAGGUGCUACUGAGUUGUAUGAACAGGCUGCAAUCGGGUUUAGGGCAUCAAAAAAACUUGAGAAAGCUAAAGUGGCUUUUGAGAAAGCUUCACAAGGACAACAGAUGCUUUCCUCUCCCUGGGAUGCUGCAAAGCAUAUGGAAUCUGCUGGUGCCAUAGCAAAGGAUCUAAGAAACUGGAAUGAAGUUGCCGACUUUUAUAGAAAAGCAUCUGAGUUGUACAUCGAGUGUGGAAGGGCACAACCUGCAUCAGAUGCUAUUGGAAAGGCUGCACGAGCCUUGGAAGAAACCAAGCCAGAAGAUGCUAUCCAACUAUAUGCCGAUGCUUGUGACAUUCUUGAAGAGGAUGGCAGGGAACAAAUGGCCUUUGAUCUUUACCGUGCUUGUGCCAAUCUCUACAUAAAGCUCGAGAAGUUUAUGGAUGCAGCAACGUUUCUGUUGAGAUUGGGAGUGGCAGCCGACAAGUGCAACGCUACAAAUAGCCAGUGUAAGGCAUAUCUUAGUGCAAUCAUUGUGUAUCUUUAUGCUCAUGACCUGAACCAGGCAGAGAAAUGCUACAAUGACUGUUCUCAGAUUGAUGAUUUUAUGAAGAGUGAUCAGAGCCGAUGCGCCAGUAGAAUGCUCACAGCCUAUAAUGAAGGUGACAUUGAAGAAAUCAAGAAGGUGGCAAAUUCAAGCACUAUCUCAAAUUUGGACCACACUAUCAUAAGGUUGGCCAGAAAGCUACCCACCGGAGAUGUUACCGCACUGCGUGCCAACAAUGCGGAAGAAGAAGAGCUCGAUGAAAACGAUCUCAGUUAGAUUCUCAUUAUUGUAAACACUCAUACCCUUUUGCUCUGGUUUGGCGCUUACAUAUAUAUAUAUGUGUGUGUGUGUGUGUGU